CUUUUUGAAGAGAAAAUUGAAAACAAAGAAAAUGGAAAUCUUGAUUUCAAAUUGGUCAAAUGUUGAAUCUGUGCCUAAAACAUAUAUUUUCCCACCCGAAAGUAGACCAGGGAAGCUUGAAUUUCCUAUUUUCAAUGACACACCACUCAUAGACUUGGCCCACAAUCAUCCAGAUGAUACAAUCCAGCAAGUUAUUAGAGCAUGCCAAGAAUUUGGAUUCUUUCAGGUGUUAAACCAUGGAGUAUGUGAAAAUCUAAUGGAUGAUACAAUGAAUAUGUACAAGGAGUUCUUCAAAUUGCCAGGUGAAUACAAGACAAAAUUUUACUCAAAUGACAUCCACAAAAGCUGCAGGAUUUAUUCUAGCACUUUAGCAUAUGACACUGAAGAUUUACACUACUGGAGAGAUAAUCUUACUCAUCGUUGCCAUCCUUUAGAGGAGUACAUUCAGUCAUGGCCUGAUAAGCCCACCAAAUAUCGAGAAGUGGUGGGUGAGUAUUCAAUAGCAACAAGGAAGCUACUUUACAAGAUUUUGGAUAUGAUAUGUAAAGGAUUAGGACUAAAUUCAGGGUACUUUGAAGGGGAAUUGAGUAAAACUCAUUUGCUAUCUGUUAAUCAUCAUAUCCCAUGCCCUGAUCCAAGUUUAACACUUGGAAUGCCAGUACAUUCUGAUCCAAAUCUCAUAACAUUGCUUCACCAAUGUGAUGUCCCUGGACUUCAGAUACUUCAGGAUGGUCAGUGGAUAGGUGUUCACCCUGAUCCUCAUGCUAUAAUUGUUAUUCCUGGUCUACAAUUGAAGGUAAUAAGCAAUGACAGGUUCAUAACUCCGGUUCAUCGCGUGGUCACACACCCGAAAGAGGCUCGAACCACAAUUGGUGUGUUUCUCGGUCCAUCACCCGAGUCUUUAAUAAAACCGGCCACUGCUUUGGUUCACAAUGAACCGGUGUUCAGAGCCUUUACUUAUCCAGAAUUCUUUAAAGCAUUUUCUGCUGGGGCUAAAUGUGAUGCUCAACUUGCACUCAACCAUUUUAGGAACAAACCUUAGCUUUUACUUGUAUUUACAUGCUCAUGUGUGAAGAAGAAAAAAAGAUUGUUGUAAAAUAUGUAUGGUGGGUGGUACUAUACUACUAUGGUCACAUAAUUGGAGUAAUUUGUCAAAAAACAUGUUAUGUAUGGUUUGUUUUUGUACCUUAAUUUACCUUGUCAAUUGUAGCAAAGUUGCACCUCAAAGAAGAGCCCUCAUUUAGGUUGUAUCUAGUCUUGGCUCAUGUAAAUUCUUGUGAUGUACUAUAUAAUAAAACC